ACGGCCGAAAAUCUCUUCCCCACAUCAUACAGUUCUUUCCACUGUCAACUCCAGACUUCUCUAGAAUUCAACACGUCUCUGUCCGCUUCACCUAAACCUUUUGCUCUUAUAAACCCUUUCUCCCACUCUUCUCCCCCAGCAAAGCCUUCUCGAAGAAACGAUCAUAGUAUACGAUCAUCAUCAUCAUGGCUACUGCAGCGCAGCUCCACUGUCCAUUUCCCCAAACGGGAAACAAAACCCCGUUUCUGGGCCUGAAAACGAUCAAGAAAACGCCGUUCAUUUCACUUUACAGAAGAAAAAGCAAUGAUCAUGGGAGUUUGAGGCAUAAGCAACACAAGCCGUUUAGAGUGGUAAGUGAAAAGGUGGUGGGAAUUGACUUGGGCACCACCAACUCCGCCGUGGCGGCGAUGGAAGGUGGCCAGCCGACUAUCAUAACUAAUGCUGAGGGGCAACGUACGACGCCGUCUGUGGUGGCGUAUACAAAGACAGGUGACAGGCUUGUUGGGCAGAUUGCCAAGAGACAGGCGGUGGUGAAUCCUGAAAACACGUUUUUCUCGGUGAAGAGGUUUAUUGGGAGGAAGAUGAAUGAGGUUGAUGAUGAGUCUAAGCAGGUUUCGUAUAAGGUGGUGAAGGAUGAGAAUGGGAAUGUGAAACUGGAGUGUCCCGCUACUGGAAAAUUGUUUGCACCCGAGGAGAUUUCUGCUCAGGUCUUAAGAAAGCUUGUGGAUGAUGCCUCAAAGUUUUUGAAUGAUAAGGUCGCUAAAGCAGUUAUUACUGUACCAGCCUAUUUUAAUGACUCCCAAAGAACUGCAACAAAAGAUGCCGGUCGUAUAGCUGGAUUGGACGUCCUCCGUAUUAUUAAUGAACCUACUGCUGCUUCUUUGGCUUAUGGGUUCGAGAAGAAAAAUAAUGAAACCAUUCUAGUUUUUGACCUCGGAGGUGGUACAUUUGACGUUUCAGUUCUUGAGGUUGGAGAUGGAGUUUUUGAGGUGCUUUCUACCUCAGGGGACACACAUCUGGGAGGUGAUGAUUUUGACAAGAGGAUUGUCGAUUGGCUUGCUGACACCUUCAGGAAAGAAGAGGGUAUUGAUCUUCUCAAGGACAAGCAGGCUCUCCAACGGCUUACUGAAACUGCUGAGAAGGCAAAGAUAGAAUUGUCAUCUUUAACUCAAACUAAUAUAAGUUUACCUUUUAUCACUGCUACUGCAGAUGGUCCAAAACAUAUUGACACUACAUUAACAAGGGCUAAAUUUGAAGAUUUAUGCUCUGACUUACUAGACAGGCUCAAAACUCCUGUUGAAAAUGCCUUGAGAGAUGCAAAUCUUUCCAUCAAGGACAUAGAUGAAGUAAUUCUGGUUGGUGGGUCAACUAGAAUCCCUGCUGUCCAAGAACUUGUCAGGAAGAUGACUGGGAAAGAUCCUAAUGUUACAGUAAAUCCAGAUGAAGUUGUGGCACUGGGGGCUGCAGUUCAGGCUGGUGUUUUAUCUGGUGAUGUGAGUGAUAUUGUGCUCUUGGACGUUACGCCAUUAUCGCUUGGCUUGGAAACUUUGGGUGGCGUAAUGACAAAAAUCAUUCCAAGGAAUACAACUCUGCCAACUUCUAAGUCGGAGGUGUUCUCCACUGCAGCAGAUGGACAAACAAGCGUCGAGAUCAAUGUGUUGCAAGGGGAGCGCGAAUUUGUGAAAGACAACAAAUCUUUAGGAAGUUUCCGUUUGGAUGGGAUCCCUCCUGCUCCGCGUGGUGUACCCCAGAUAGAAGUCAAAUUCGACAUAGAUGCAAAUGGUAUCCUUUCUGUCACAGCUAUUGACAAGGGAACUGGAAAGAAGCAGGAUAUCACUAUAACUGGUGCCAGCACGUUGCCCAAAGAUGAGGUCGAUAGAAUGGUUAAAGAUGCUGAAAGAUAUGCUAAGGAGGACAAGGAAAAGAGAGAAGCCAUUGACACCAAGAAUCAAGCAGAGUCUGUCAUGUAUCAGACUGAAAAGCAAUUGAAAGAGCUGGGAGACAAAAUCCCUGCUGCUGUAAAAGACAAAGUGGAAAGUAAAUUAAAGGAACUGAAAGAUUCUAUUUCCGGUGGAUCGACUCAGGCCAUCAAGGACGCAAUGACAGAACUUAAUCAAGAAGUCAUGCAAAUGGGGCAAUCUUUGUACAGCCAGCCAGGAGCUGCUGGUGCUGAGCAUGCGGGUGGUGCUACCAGCGAUUCUGGUUCAACUGGUAAAUCAUCCGAUGGAGAUGGAGAAGUUAUCGAUGCCGACUUCAGCGAAAGCAACUGAAUGUGUAAUUACGUCAGUGGAAUUGUAUUAUAUGAUGGCUUUUUUAUGAUUGAUCAAUCAGUUAUAUUACCACUAUGAUGCUUAUGUUUAUUCUUCCAUGAUAAUCGAGUGGGGCGGCUGUACCCUGAUAGAUCACUAAUUGGAGCCGAGAGUUUUUUUGGAACAUCUUGUUAUCCUGCCUGAAAAAUGAAGUUGUAACUAGGAAGGUUAGUUGGAGAUGAUUCUCUUGCUGAGAUCAUAUAGGCAACUCGGAUGAUGUAUCUAGUUCUGUUAAUAGAAUCUUUUAUUUGGCUGUGUC